UAUUUUCGCGCCCUUUUAUUAGGGAUACGGAAUGAAGGGUUUUUAUUGAACUCUCCUUUAAAUCCGCGUUUUAAAAUAUUAUUAUUAUUAUUAUUAUUAUUUUUUUUUUGAAGAAUGAAAUUUUUGAGCUCUUAGUUGUUCUUUAUUGCAUUUAAAAUUAUAAGUUUACACUGCAAGUCUGAUAAAGCAACAUCAUGCCUAAGCGUAAAAAUGUUUUUGAUGAACUCCCUAUUUUGAGUAAAAUGCAUAUUGGCAUCAAAGAAAUUAACUUGCUUAGUGUAAAUUGUGCUGAAAAUAUGAAAAAAGUGUAUGAGAGAACUCAUUCUCUGUUGUUUAGUGGGUCUGCCAAUCCAUGUGCUGGGGCGAACAGAAUGACAUCUCAAAACUUAAAUAAUUCUGUUUUUAAAAAAUCUGUACUCCUGGGCAAAAAAGAAACAAAUAAUAACACAGGCUCAUGUUGCUUGUCUCGGAGCAGUGCAGUCUGUGCAUUUUGUGACAAACCUAUGUGUUCAAGUUGCUGUCGGAUUUGCUCUUUAUGUAAAAUGGAAUAUUGUCAUUUGUGCUCCGUUUUACAAUAUGAUACUCAUGAUGAAACAGCUGUUUGCUUAUCUUGUCUGUGAUUUGAAUUUUAAAAAUUUACUCUUGCUUUAGUGUUGUACAUACUUCUGUAAAAUUUUUGUAAAUAAAAUUUUCUCUGUAUAAAUGUGGAAUUUGUAAUGGUUUGUCCA